UAUGGUAAUUGUAUAUUUUAUGGGAAAACUGUUCUCUUUGAUUGUUAUGAGAAAACCCGAUACGAGAUUGUAACUCAAUUGACAAAAAUUCUUGGUAAAUCUAAGGAUAGAUUGAAAUUGGAAUCUGAUAGAGCCAAAGAUGCCCAAGAUUAUGAUAAUCCAGCUCAGUUUGGUUUCAACAAGAAACAAUUUUGUAUAUGUGAAGUUGCAGGUCAAGUUCCAUGUUCAGGUACUUGCCCAUUACCGAAGAAAUGUCUUGGUUACUAUAAACAGUACAAGCCAGAGGAACUUGAAAAAUGGAACCAAGAUUUAGAUGCUGAUUAUUUGACUGAGAAACAGAAGCAAAAGAGAUUCAUGUGGUUCCCACCUCAUGCUAAGCCGGUUCUCGAUUAUUUACCUGACAUCGAGAAACCUUUCCUCAGGGAAUUCGGUCAAACCCCUGGUAAAGAUAUUGCACCACCCGAUUCGUAUUAUGAAUGGAAAGCUCGUCAAGAGAAAAAGAUUAAGUGAUUUUUUUUAGUUGUAUUAAAAGUCAAAGAAAAAGUUUAGAUAAAAAUCAAGUUUGAUUUCAUUUUGAUUGACUGUGAA